AUGAAGGAGCGAUACCACGAACGCAAGCAGAAGAUCAAGGGCAAGGUCAACCCUCCCGGAGGCUUCGACUCUACGCCCAUCCCCGACGCUCCUCAGGGCUACACGGUCAAGUUCAUCUUCCAUCGCGCUCGGAAUCUCCCAGUCUCCGACUUUGGCUCUGGGUCUUCCGAUCCGUUUCUCACAGCAACUCUGACCACCAACCUGCCCAAACGUCACAAGGAGGAUCCAGACCUCGUCUUCCGGACCAAGACGAUCCGCAAGUCGCUCGAGCCCGAGUGGGAGCAGGAGUGGAUUGUCGCAAACGUCCCUGCCUCGGGCUUUAGACUCAAGUGUCGCCUCUACGAUGAGGACUGGCCCGACCAUGACGACAGACUCGGCAACGUGACGCUCAACGUGGACAGCGUGUCGGAGUCGUGGGAAGGCCUUCAGCCUCCGGGACAGGACUUUGAGGUCAAGAAGCGCGCAGGCAGUAAGCGCGCAUAUCUGCUGAGGGCGUGCACAAACUUCCUCGUGCGAGACCACAGCAUCACGCCACAUCUUAUCCUGAGCGCCGUGGUUCUUGGCAAGUCUGAUCCUCCUCAUGGACAGAUGUAUACUGUCGGGCCGACGUACUACUUCAAGCACUUUAGCCCAAUGAUUGGGCGGAUGACGGGGAUCAAGGUGAAUAGGAACGAGAGCGACGACCACGGCAGCCACGACCCGCAGCCCGCCAACAGCACUGGCAAUGGCAGGGCCAAUCCAAAGACGGAAAAGUACGAUUUCCAAGCCAACGAGAUCCAGCUUGCGGGACCGGUCCCGCCAAAGCUCUACCAUCGCUUCGUCGAGUUCCGGCCAGUUAUUGGCAUGCUCUUCAAGAACAAAGGGCUUCGUGGCAAGAUCUUGAACGCGGCACUCCACCAUCAACACCGGCGAGUGUAUAGUUUCCAGAAGGAGACAGAGUACGGCACGUUCGAGCCAUGCACAGAAGCGGCCAGUCUACAGUUUUUGCGGAUGUGUCACUUUGACCAGGGCGGGCGUAUUUUCACCUACGUGAUAACGCUCGAUGGCCUCAUGCGAUUCACCGAGACCGGCCAUGAGUUUGGUAUUGACCUCCUCAGCAAACACACGAUGCACAGUGAUGCCGCUGUCUAUAUCGCGUGUUCGGGAGAAUUCUUCAUCCGCCGACUGGAGAAGCCAAACGCAUCUGAAGACCCCGAGCCAGAUCAACCUACUCAUCCUGCAAAGGAUGUGCCGGGCGGCCCACCGCACAGUGAUCCUCCAGCCAAGCCGCAACACUACCAACUAAUCAUCGAUAAUGACAGCGGAACAUACCGACCAGACAAGUCUGUCCUGCCCGAUCUUCACGAUUUCCUCGAGCGCAACUUACCCGGGCUCGGAAUUGUGACACUCGCCUGCGAUGACCCAGAGGACAAGAAACUCAAGGACGAGCAGUUUCAGAUUAAGAAGAAGGAAGGCCGCGUUGUUCGCAUGGUCGCGAACCGCAGCCCCAGCGCAAGCUCGUUCAGUUCUGACGACAUCAGCGACCUCGAAGACCUCGACGCGUCCGGUGACAGGGGGCGCAUGAGCAAGAGGGAAAAGGUUCUCGACGUGCUGGCUGACCCGAACAAGAUCAAGGACUGGAUAAACGGGCGAAAGAGAAGAAGGGGUUCUUCGGAUGAAGUCGACGGUGCUGUUGUCAGCUGA